AUGAGGUAUCUAAAACCCUUUCUUCUUUUGCAAGCUGGUGCUGCCUUUGAGCUCUUUGAUAAGGUCGACUCGGGGUAUAAGGCCUGUGGUCAAGUACACCAGGCAGUGGUAGCACCUGGCCUGGAUAGCGAUCACUUGGAUGUCUCUCCAUAUUGCGACGUCGAUAACCAGCCUUAUUUGGGCUCAAUGGCCUUGUGCUUGAAGGAUUCACUAGUUGAUGAAGACUAUAUUGAUCGUUUCCUUGCAGUCUGUCCCCAGUCGCUCUCGAAGCAUCAGUUCGAUGAGGCUUACACCAAUGCAACCAAGUAUGCGGUCAACAGCAGCUCGUCUCUGGCAGCUCUGGAAGCUUCGAUUCGACUGUUGUCGUUUUCCAGAGGCACAGUGUUGCAAGUAGCUUCUGACAUCAGCAACUUCGACAGAACGAACAACUACUCGGUCAUCUUCGGUGCUACACUCACCGUCUACUGGUUUUUUGUGUGCAUUGUUGCUGGCAUAAUUCAUUGGACAAGAAGCUUUUUCCCAAACUGGUCGGGUGCUCUUCUUGCGUGGGCUCCCGUCAAUCACAUUAGGAGACUCUUUAUCAUUCCUCCUACUUUCAAAAAGGCUCACUUCAAUACCAAAAAGCUUGGGCGUUUUGAGUGGCUUGUCCCUUUGAGGAUGGAAUCUAUCUUACUAGCGAUAUACUUUAUCUUGAGUGCUGUCUUUUGUGGUGUGGAGAUCAAUAAUGCUUCAGACAGACCCGUGUAUCUACAAGUGGGAAACAGAAGCGGCAUUCUCACUAUCUUUGCCUUCCCAGUGCUAAUUCUUUUUGCUGGUAGGAACAACUUCUUGCAAUUUGUAACUGGUUGGCAAUAUACUAGGUUUUUGAUCUUCCACAGGUGGAUUGCAAGAGUCUCCUUCUUGAUGUUGAUGGUUCACGUGGGAACCAAGACAAUGACACUCAAGUCUUUCAACAGUUACCCUUCUUCACUCCGUGAUGGAUAUAUUCUAUGGGGACUCAUAGCAGCCGUGGCGAUGGGGUGUAUAAUUGGAUUUUCGAUGUUUUGGCUUCGUCGUACGAGGUACGAAUUAUUUCUCAUCACUCACUAUAUUCUUGCAAUCUUGUUAAUUGCGGGCGGCUUUGUACAUGUCAAGCAUAAACUGCUUGAGGGCUUCUUCAUUGCGUGCAUUGCUGUCUGGGGCUUCAACUUCCUCGUAAGAGGUGUCAGGCUUGCACUGUUUGGGGUCCAGGAAGCCACAAUUGAGCUCAAAGCUAAUGAAACCAUCAGAGUGGUCUCAAAAAGACCUUCUUGGUGGAAACCACAUCCAGGCAGCCAUGCCUUCGUGCAUUUCCUCACACCAACAGCAUUUUGGCAGUCACACCCAUUCACCUUGGUUGAUGAGCCUGAAGAUGAACACACCAUCGGAAUGUACGUCAAAAUAAAAGGCGGUGUCACGCAUGGGCUUUAUCAAAAAUUGUUGAAUGCACCAGGUCACACUCUCAGGGUGAAGGUGAUGGUAGAGGGCCCUUACUUCGAAAGAAUGCCAGUGGAGAUUGUCGACCGUGCUGUAUUCAUUGCUUCAGGUAAUGGAAUUCCAGGCAUGUAUGCUGGUGCCAAAGAUUUUGCAAUCAACUAUCCACACAGGCCGGUGAAAUUGGUUUGGAUCAUUCGGGACUAUUCAUCACUCACAUGGUUCACUACAGAGCUUAGGCAGUUACAAAUGCUAAACAUGGAGGUAAUGAUUUAUGUUUCUCGAGGCUCCAAAGAGAGAUCCCUGGAUUUUGGAAAGAAUGAGAGUGAAAAGUCCGAUAAUGGAGCUUUCGACUACAUGAACAGUAUGAGAACUUCGCUUUCUCACAUAGAGUUCAUUGAAGGACGUCCUGAUAUGAGGUCACUAGUAGGGGACGAAUUAGCAUACGCCGGUAAUAAUAGCACAGGUUUUGUUACUUGUGGGCAUCCUGCCAUGGUUGACGAUAUCAGGGCUCAGAUAGUUCAGGAGCUUGCAAGGGAUCCAAGCCAAAAGAUCGAGUUAUUCGAACAAUUCCAGAUGUGGUAA